GCACUGGAGUAGAGUGAAUCAGAAGAGAUUGUGCAACUGCUGCCUUUAGCUCUGAGCCCGGGAAGGUGAAACGGAACCAAGGAAAGAACAGCCAGCUGGGAGUCAAGAUGGAUUUCCUGCCUGCGCUUUCUCCUGAGAUGUUACUUCUCAUUCUCUUCCUUGGCCUUGUCAUGCUAUAUGGAAUAUGGCCAUAUGGUGUGUUCAGGAAAUUAGGAAUUCCGGGCCCCACGCCAAUACCUUUCCUUGGGACCGUCCUGAACUACCGUCACGGUUUCGUGACAUUUGAUAGCGAGUGCCACAAGAAAUAUGGGAAAAUCUGGGGAAUUUAUGAUGGCCGGCAACCUGUAUUAGGUGUACUGGACCCCACCAUCAUCAAAGCUGUACUAGUGAAAGAGUGCUACACCAACUUCACCAAUCGCCGGAGAGUAGACUUGGUGGGAAUGCUGGAUCAAGCUGUCUCAAUCGCAAAGGAUGAACAGUGGAAAAGGAUUCGCACAGUGCUGUCGCCGACCUUCACCAGUGGGAAGCUGAAAGAGAUGUUUCCUAUUAUAAAACAGUACGGGGAAGUUCUGGUGCAGAACGUGCAGAAGAAAAUGGAAAGGGAUGAGCCCAUAAAUGCCAAGGAGGUCUUUGGCGCAUACAGCAUGGAUGUUGUCACCAGCACCUCAUUCGGUGUGAACAUUGACUCCAUGAACAACCCCCAAGACCCUUUUGUCAAGGAGGUCAAGAAGAUGACCAAGUUCAGCUCUUUUGAUCCACUCUUCAUCUUGAUAUUUACGUGCCCGUUCCUCGUACCUCUCCUCCGGUUAAUGAACGUGAACUUGUUUCCCAAUGACGCCCUGGACUUCUUUUCAAGAUCAGUCAGAAAAAUAAAGGAAGAACGACAAAAACAAGGCAAAGGGGACCGGGUGGAUUUCCUGCAGCUGAUGAUAGAAGCCCAAAAUGUAAACAGCAAUGGCAUCAACGGCCAUCAACAGAGCAAUGGGGUGGAUCACUCAUUCAAAGGGUUGACCGACGCUGAAGUCCUGGCCCAAGCGGUCAUCUUUAUUUUCGCCGGUUAUGAGCCGUCCAGCAAUUCCCUCGGUUACAUCGCCUACCUCUUAGCCACUCACCCGGAUGUCCAGCAGAAGCUUCAGGACGAGAUAGACUCUGUUCUCCCCAACAAGGCUCCUCUUACGUAUGAUGCUAUAAUGCAACUGGAGUAUCUCGACAUGGUGAUUGAUGAAACCCAGAGGCUCUAUCCCCUGGGGGGGCGUCUUGAAAGGCUCAGCAAGAAAGACGUUGAAAUAAAUGGUGUGAUUAUUCCAAAAGACACGGUAGUCAUGAUCCCACCUUUCGUUUUGCACCGAGACCCAGAAUACUGGCCAGAACCAGAGGAAUUUAGACCUGAGAGGUUCAGCAAAGAGAAUAGAGAAAACAUUAAUCCUUACACAUACCUGCCCUUCGGAGCCGGUCCACGGAACUGCAUCGGGAUGAGAUUUGCGUUGGUCACGAUGAAAGUCGCCAUUGUGAGGCUCUUGCAGCAGUUCUCCUUCAGAACCUGCAAAGAAACCCCGAUUCCCCUGGAGCUGAAUUCUCAGGUCUUCUUAAUGCCAAAGAAACCGAUUGUUCUGAAGUUAGUGCCGCGCAAAACGGAAGCCUGAUUAGGGAUUUGGACCCCCCUGCAGAAGACGCAAGCUGUUGAGAUGCUGCACGGUGCCCGAGGCAGAUUCUACAAAGAGAAACUCAAUUUGUUCGGAAGACAACAUCUAGGCAUCUGCUGACAGACAAGACUGAGGGAUGUUACUAGCUUUUGUAAUGAUUAAAGUCAACAUGAUUCCUCUGAUUAAGGCUUAUCUGCGCUUAAACAUGCAUCAGUUCGAUUCCACUUUAACUGUCAUGGUUUCUCAGCAGAGAAUCCUGGGAAAUGUAGUUUGAGGAAAAAAUGCGGAGGAUCUGUUUUCAGUCUCAGCACACACAGGAGGGAGGGAAGGAGUGAACCGGACAGUAUAGCAGGUUUGUGUUUGUCACGAACAAACUCUGGGGUGUUGGUGACAUCUGAAUGCAGUAUUCAGCCUGAUAUCGAUGUUAAUUACCAGUUCCGCAUCCCAUUGCUAAAACCACCUUGAAUAUACUAUCAUGCUGUGUUUAACUUUGUAUUGUGAUGGCCAAUGGCUACAUACAAUAAACCUGCUGCUGCUGUUACUA